GGCAGAGCAGUCUGUCUGUUGCUGGAUAUGGACUGUGGAACAAGACUGCACAGAUUCUCCUUCAGCUUGGACAUCCACGAGCUGCUAUUCUGAUGGAUCGCUGACGGAAGGCAUCACCAUUAGAUCAGAACUAUUUGACUCCUGCCAGGGUGGGUGUGGGGUCGCCACGGGGCGGGAGUAUGGAGUUUGGCUCCCCGUCAAUCAGACGGUAGCGGAGGAGCAGCGGAGGUACAGAGGCAGCGUGGUUACUUAUCAGGGAGCGUCUGACGGGACACGGAAGGACGAGGGAAGAGUUAAUAUGAUCAAUACCAAUAAAGUGCGGUAAUCUGAAUCACUCCAGAAUUACCUACGAUCAUCAGGACACCAGUAACUCACAUGUCAUCUCACGCCUCUGGACGGCCGGGAGCCUGCUGGCCCAUAACUGUCUGAGUGCUGCUUACGCGGGGGGGACAGUGUCCCCGCUGGUCACCAAACGGACAGGCCUACAGUGCUACCUCGGGUGGGCAAGGCCCCUCCUGACUAACACAAGCAAUGGGGUUGGCGUUCCAGCUGUCCCCACCGAUGAUGAUAAUGAUUGCGUCGACAGUUCUGAGUGGCAUGGCCGACAGGGGCCGGGACUCGCUGGUGACAGUGAACCGGGGUUUGAAGGUGAAGCGUGGCCAGACAGCUUACCUGGAGGAGGAAGACCUGCGUUUCAGUGCCCCCCAAGACAGGGACGCCUGCAAGGUGGAGGUGGUCCUCAACGAGCCCAUCACACAGCGAGUGGGUGUGCUCACACCUCAGGUCUUUGACUGCUACUUUCACACGGACGAGGUGAAAUACAUCCAUAAUGGCUGCCCCAUCCUAAAAGAAGACAAAGUGAUGCUUCGGCUGUUCAGGUUCACAGAGACAGAGACCUACACUGAGGUCUUUUUCCUGCGUGUUGAAGUCCUGGAACCUGACUGCAGUAUCAUCCACCUUGGCCCUAAGUCUCUGGAGGUGCCUGAGUUCUACAGCCUAUCGGACAAGCUGGAUGGCAAUGUGGUGUCUUUCCACUACAAGCGGCGAUCCAACCUGGAGUGCACCGUGCACGUAGCCACGCAAGAAGCACACCUUCCUGCCCACGGUCAGCUGGUCACUGGCGAACCUGAGGAAAUUGUGCCUCGUGGAGAUGAACCACAGAGCUUUCUGCCCUCAGAGCAACAGCUGAUUAACAAGGCCAGAGCAAUGUGCAAGGAGUCUGCAUGCCUCAAUGGAAUGAAACUAGUACAGUUCAUCAAGGUGCCUUGUGAGGACUUCCUGGUGAUGGGGCUGAAAUACCAGCACACAGAUCCGCCAUCUCCAGAUAUCGAUUACAUCGCCAUACGACUGGAUCUCAGAGAUACAAGGAGUAGGAGCAUAUACAAGUCUGAGCGUGCCUGGAUUCCGGUACGGAUCAAGAACGGCAUCCCAAAUCAAUCUCCUAAGCCGGCCUUCAUGCCCACGUUCAUCCUGGAGGUGGACCAGUUCAUCCUCACCCCCUUUAGCACUGCUGCUGUGGAUGCUGAAGAUGCAGAGUCCCCCAGGUCCCUACUAGUCUUCAAUAUCACCAAGCCACCCCAAGAAGGCUUCAUCACCCACCUGUCUGACCAUACCAAACCCAUCAUCUCUUUCACCUGGGCGGACCUCCAUGACAUGCUCAUCGCUUACCAGCCUCCCAAUUCCAGCCACACCCAACGUCGUAACUAUGAGGUGGAGUUUGAUGUCCACGACUACUUUUUUGCGAAAAGUGCCCCUUUCAUGGUUCAUGUGUCUGUCAGGACAGCUGACACCAACGCGCCCCGUGUGUCGUGGAACAUGGGCUUGAGUCUGUUGGAAGGCCAGUCCCGUCCAAUUACAUGGGAGCAGCUGCAGAUCGUGGACAAUGACAAUCUGAAGUUGGUACGCAUCAUCACUGUGGAUGGGCUACAACACGGAAGACUUACCGUUAGAGGUGGCAAGGGCUUCAUGUUCACUGUGACUGACAUUCAGGCAGGCGUGGUACGCUAUCACCACGAUGACAGCGACACCACCAAAGACUUCGUGGUCUUCCGAAUCACCGAUGGCCAGCACCAAACACGGCAUAAGUUCCCCAUCAACAUCCUGCCAAAGGAUGACAGCCCGCCCUUCCUCAUCACCAACAUGGUGCUGGAACUUGCAGAAGGCCAGAUCGCCCUGCUGCAGGGGUCUGUGCUGCAAGCCUCUGAUAUGGACUCCAGCGACGACUACAUCCUAUUCAAUGUCACCCGCCCACCGCAGGCGGGAGUGCUCAUGAAGAUACCAGGCCCCAGUCAGACAGGCUACCCUGUCAGCCAUUUCCUCCAGAGAGACCUUUUCCACUCUGUCGUAUACUACCGCCACCUGGGGAACGAGAUCUUUGAUGACUCCUUUGAGGUAGUGCUCUCGGAUUUCCACGAUCCUCCGAAUCUCUCAGAACCUCAGGUUAUUGUGGUGCACAUUACUCCAGUGCAUGACCAACUUCCAAAGGAGGUGCCUGGGGUGACACGACAUGUAAUUGUCAAAGAGACAGAGGUAAUCCAUAUAACUAAGAAGCAACUCCAUUUCGUUGACCCAGAGUCACCUGACAGUGAGUUGACAUACACUGUCACCACACCACCCUUCUUCAGCUCCAUUCAUGGGAGAGGAGAUGCCGGGAGGUUGUUCCUAGUGGACAGCAUCCCCAAAUUUACCAAAAACCCCAGCGCCCCAGUUUUGCGACUUUUCACACAACAUGCAGUCAACUACAUGAAGGUGGCCUACAUGCCGCCCCUUCAGGAGAUCGGGAUCCACCCCCAGCCAAUCCAGUUUGUGCUUUCCGUGACCAAUCAGCAGGGCAGUACCCUCAUCGGUAUCUGUUUUAACAUUACCGUGCUGCCUGUGGACAACCAGCCACCUCAGGUCCACAUGAACCCGCUGACGGUGGAGGAGGGCGGGGAAUGCCCAAUGGACUCGGACCACCUGUGGCUGACUGAUCCGGACACGGCGGAGGAAGCAUUGAGAGUGGAGCUCAGGGCAGGACCCCAGCAUGGGCGACUCCACCUGGACGGGUUCCCCGUUGAUCCAGGGCAGGCGUUCGCCUUGAAGGACCUGACCAGCCUAAAAGUUAGAUACCGUCAUGAUGGCUCCGAGACAGUCCAGGACAGCAUUUAUUUAGCAGCUUCUGAUGGUAUCAAUGUUGCCGAAUUUGUAUUGCAGGUGGAGGUGGCGCUGGUUAAUGAUGAGGUUCCGGUCCUUGCACCGGGCUUGAGGCUUGUGUUGGACUGUGCAGAGGGACAGGAAGUGGUUAUCACCACAGAGUACCUGUAUGCCACAGACAGAGACACCAACGACAGCAGGCUGUCCUACAUGAUCGCCCGCCAACCGUAUCAUGGGGUUGUGCGUAAAAACGGCGCGGUGGUCGACAGGUUCAUCCAGGCGGACUUAAUCUCUGGGUCCAUCACCUACAAACACACAGGAGCAGAGAUUGGACUUACUCCACGCUAUGACAUCAUCACAUUCGUCAUCUCAGAUGAAGAGGCAGAGAACUUCCCAGCUUGCACCUCUGAUGGGCAGCCUUCUCCCCUGGGCCCUGCAGCUCGGCUCCAGAAGGCCCUGCCUAUCUAUGACCUGAACGUCACUGUGUUUCCUGUGGACAACCAAGCCCCCUCUCUCAUUACUGGUGAGGUGUUUGUGGUGGACGAGGGAGCCUCUGCGUCUAUCACGGUGGCCCACCUGAGGCUAUCUGAUGUAGACACCCUGCUGGAAACGCUGGUGUUCAUUUUGGUCUCUCCUCCGCAGUUUGGCUACAUUGAGAAUGUCAUGCCCAGCCCUGGGUUUGAAAAAAGUAAUAUGGGAAUCAGCAUUGCCACCUUCACCUAUGGUGAUGUGAAAAAUGGCCAUGUUAACUAUGUGCAGUCCAGACACCAGAGGACAGAGCCAACAGCAGAUCAGUUCAUGGUUUGUGUGUCGGAUGGGAUGCGGCAAUCCUCCGACACUCCAUUCUACAUCAUCAUCAGACCCACCAAUGAUGAGGUCCCGGACUUCCUCGCCAGGAACAUCACGGUACGUGAGGGCCACUCGAAAGAUUUGGACCCAGCCAUCCUUGAUGCAGUAGACUUGGAUGUCCCACGGGACCGCCUGUUCUUCAGCAUCAUUGAACAGCCCCUGCAUGGGGCCCUCAUGGGCAGGCCACACACAAAUGACCCGGCCCGUGGUGGGGCUUCUGGAAAUGCCAACACGGGGAUCACGAUGCAUGACUUCACCAUGGAUGAGCUACGGAAUGGGAUGACGAUCACAUACGCGCAUGAUGACUCCGAAACCACAGUCGACGGUUUUACCCUUCAGCUGACCGAUGGGAAGCAUCAGCUCAGGAAGCGCGUGGAGGUGACGGUCUUGCCCGUCAAUGAUGAGCUUCCCCACAUUUUACGGAACACUGGCAUAGAGGUAGAUAUGGGAGAGUCCAGGCUGAUUUCCGGCGCGGUCCUCGCUGCGGGGGACGAUGACACACCUGCCCGGGACGUCCUGUUUGUGUUUGAGAGCUUGCCCACGGAAGGCCAGCUGCAGAUGAAGAUGGGCCUGCACUGGGUAUCGCUCAGUGCUGGGGAGAAUUGCUCCCAGGAGGACCUGGACAGCAACCUGCUGAGAUACCUCCACACUGGGUCCACUGGGCUCCAGAGAGAAGAUGCGUUCAUCUUCCAUCUGCAGGAUGGGGCGAACCGCUCGCCUGUGCAGCACUUCCGCAUCUCGGUGAAGACUAUGGAGAAAGGAGACAUUGCCGUGUUUGUCAAGCCCAUUCAGGCCCGACGGGGCGAGCGUGUGGUGCUGACCACCAAAGUCCUCCUGGCCCUGGACGGCACAGACCGUCCAGAGGAGCUCCUCUAUGUGGUGACCACUCCGCCCAACCAUGGUCAUGUGGAGUACAUCCACCAUCCGGGCAUGGCUAUCACCUCCUUCAGCCAGAUGGACGUGGCCGCCAACCUGGUAUGCUACAUCCAUGAUAACAGUGCCGCAUCACCCCAGGAGACGCUGCGGUUUGUAGUCAGCAAUGGUCAAUCCACUCGCGGAGGCGUUCUGGACAUCAUCAUCGACACAGUAGACCGGGAGCUGCCCACAAUCCGCAAUAACGGUGGCUUGCAGGUGCCACAAGGCACCACCAUGGUGCUGUCCCCUGACGUCCUGAGCCUGUCUGACCCCGACACCCCCCCAUCUGGACUCUUCUUUGUGCUGGUGCAGCCACCUCAGUACGGGCAGCUACUCCUACGGGGGGCACCAUUUCUCGAGGGCAACUUCACUCAACAGAACCUGCUGGACCUUCAGCUGGCCUAUAGGCAUGGCGGGGGCCCUGCCCAGAUUGACCGCUUCAGCUUCACUGCCCUUGAUAGCAGCCGCCUUGGUUUCCUGAUGGGGGGGAGGCUCCAGACUGAGCCUGUCUUCUUCACCAUCCAGGUGGAGCCUCUGGGCAGUCCAGCCCCACGGCUGGUGCAUUUAAAGGUAGCCUGGAGGGUGGAAGUGCUAAAGGAUGGCCGUUACGGUAUCUUCGUGUCGUCACGAGAGCUGAAAGCGCAGAGCGAUGACUGCCACGGCGAGCAGCUUGUCUUCCAGGUGCUUCGACCGCCCCAUUUUGGCUACCUGGAGAACGUCACUUCAGGCCAGUUUAUCCGCCAGCGAUUCACCCAGAGGGACCUGAAUAGGAGGAACAUCCUGUAUGUCAUCAAUCCCGCAAGCAGCGCCUUGUCGGACAGCCUGGAGUUUAAGGUGUCAGAUUCCCUGGGGAAUGCCAGUCCAACCCACACGUUCGAGUUCCGCUGGGCAAGCUUGGAGCUCUCCCAAGCCGAGUACAGGGUGUGUGAGGAGCAGGGCCUGCUGUUGCUCACCGUACUCAGGAGCGGCAAUAGUGCUGAGUCGUCCUAUGUGACUAUCAAGGUCAAAGAAAUCACAGCUUCCAGAGGGAAGGAUUUCACUCUAAGUCCAUCAAGUUUACUUCAGUUUGAUCCUGGUGUGACCAAAAGGACCUGGCGUUUGGACAUCACUCAGGACCAGCUGGAGGAACAGGACGAGACAUUUGAGGUGUCACUGGCUUCCCCGGAGGGUGCUGUCCUUGGCUGCAACACCAGUGCACUUGUGACGAUCAUCGAUUCCGGGAUAGGCCAGUGUAGGUACAGCCAGCCUUCACCGGACACCAAAUCUAAUUCAUGGCUAACCCCUCCGCGUCAUGGGGCCAUCCAGCUGGAGACCCUGCCCAUCAUCUGGACACAUGAAGACAUGCAGUAUAAGUCAUCUCGCAGACUGAGGCCUGUGGACAAUGGAAAAUCAGUUCGGCCCGUUUCAUCGCACAAGAACGGAUCUGACACUGUUUUCACAUACCAUGGGAUCAUGUCAUUGCGCGUAGAGGACCACUCUUCUCCCUCCCAAAUGGGGAGGAAUGCCAAGGUGAUGGUAGCCAGCAGGGGGCAGCAGACAGCCAUCACCGAUUCCUUGGAAAGAAGCAAGGUCCUGGCUUCAGAUAGUAAACCCACUAAACUCAUAUCGGAUGUCCAAGGGUACCACUCUCCCAGAACCUGCACCCUGGAGCUGACAGGGCUCCUGCACUUCAACCAGAGCUCCAAUGCACUGUGGCGCUGUGACGGCAUCGCCUGGAGACCCUGGACUCCCUUGCAUCAGGCCAUCGAUGCUCAGAAGUGUCCCCAGGGGUGGACGUACCACAGCGGCCGCUGCUAUAUCCUGAGCAAAGGCCCCAGGCUGACCUGGGCUUUGGCUGCCAGAACCUGCAAGGAGACCUACAAUGGCAGUCUCGUCAGUGUGCUGUCGGAGCUGGAUAUGAACUGGCUGUGGGAUUUCAGUGGACGAAAGCCAUUCUGGAUUGGACUGAACGAUCGUGAGAACAGGGAACAGUGGGAGUGGGCUGGCGGGGAACCAGUCACCUACACCAACUGGAAGAGGAACCCUCUCCGCACAAAGAGGAAAGGCAAUGUCAGGCGCUGUGCUCUGGUCCUCCGGCGAGCUAGAUGGCACUCGCGGGACUGCAGCAAGGGGAAGGGUCACCGCUAUGUGUGUUACGCCCAAACGUGAGUCCCCCACAGAGGGACGGUGCAGGUUUCCACCUGCAUUACUCACAACAGGACACUGACCUUCAGAGAUGCUGCUUUCUGCACAAUGUCUGUCAUCAGUGCUGAAAGGGGUUUGCCCAACAAGACCGAAAUAACGGACAAACACUGCCAAAAGUGAAUCUUAUGUAUGUCCGAUAACUUUUUAUAUUUAAUUUCUCUUCAGUAUUCCCGAUAUUCUAUUUAAUAUGGGAAGCAACUAUUCUAUGUUUGUCUAGAUAAAACUUAAAUUCAUGUUAAAAAGUUGAGCCUUUCAAAAGUGGAAGACUGCUGUUCGACGGUAGCACUGAAGUUGUGUUCAUGGUAGGUUGUUCCCUGUGCAGUUUGAGCCGUACAUUAUAACCACAACCACGAUACAUCCAUACCAUCAGAGCUUACCUCCAAGUGGCUGCCGUUACCCCAUUCGGCGCCUCACCAGGAGCAUUAGUCUCAAAAGCAGACGUCAUCGGAACAAGACCAAGGGACAUUACAUGAGAAAUACGCUUCCUGAAUUUUGAAGCAGUUUGGUCAAGUUAGUUGCAACCUGACCACGCGCUCCCCUGAUGAGGGAAUUGCCAACAAUCACAUUUUGUGCAGCUUACAAAUGUGUUUUACCAACGGUGUAUGACAAAAUAUAAAACAGGCAAGACUAUUAUUUAAUAGUUUCAAGUAUAUAUAACCCAUUUACAGCUAAACAUCCCAACACAAAAGCUAUUGAAAAGUUGCAUAUAUUUCUUUGUGACAAAUAAAACUCAACCUUAUUCUUAA